GAGCACCUGAAGGCAUCAUAAGACAAGAUAGCUAGCUUAACCAAAGCAGCUAGCUAAUAUGGGCUAGCCUGCGCAAUGAUGAUGUACUGCCAGUGCAACUGGGACUAGGAGCAGAGUUUUAAAAUUGUACUGCCGAAUUACGCAAGGGAGUCAAUCGCCAAAAGCAGAUGGAGGAGUUUGACAGCAGUGCACUGGGCCGUGUAACGGUGUACUCCAUCCAGGGCUGCCCACACUGUGUGCAGGCCAAAGCCACCCUGGGGCGUUUGGGAGUACCGGUAUGUGAUGUGGAUGUAGGAAGGCAUCCGGAGCUAAGAGCCAGAGUGAAGGAGUUGACAGGACGCAGCUCGGUCCCUCAGAUCUUCUUCAACAACAUUCAUGUUGGGGGCAACGAUGACCUACAGAAACUGGCUCCUGAGGAGCUUCAGAGGUUGGUGAAUGUGGUCAAGAAAGAGCCUCUUCCAGCAGAUGCUCCGCCACUACCAGACGAAAAUCAACCAGAGGACACGGCCGGGGAGACUGAUGGAGAGUGUAUGUGUGAGAGGGAUGAGUUGGCGGACGUGGUAGAGGACCUGAAACAUGGCACUGUGAUUGGCAGUCAUAGGAGGGGACUGACCUUGUACAAAAAGAGCUUCUCAGGUCAUCAACUGGUUGACUGGCUGCAGAAAGAGAAGGGCAUGGCCAGUGCUGAGGCCUGUAAUACUGGCCAAGCAUUGUUGCAGAAGAAGUACAUGGUCAGUGUGCGUGGCUGUGGGCAGCAGGAUGGCAGUUUUGGAGAAGGGAAAGACACACUGUACAGGCUGCUGGAGGAUGACCCUCAUUCAGCCCUCAACGCAGGACAGACGGCAGCCUGCAGUCCCAUCCAGGCUGCUGAGCUCUCUUUGCUUGUACGGGAGUUGAUUUUGAAAUUGUUCUCCGAGCAUCUCUCUGCUGAUGGCAAGUCUGUGGACUACAAGGGCAUGUCAGUCAACCCUGCCUUUGAGCGUUACUGUGAGCUAGCCAUUCAGCUGCAGAGGGUGGAGCUGCUUUCACUGAGUCGAGAGGAGAAGCUGGCCUUCUUCAUCAACAUCUACAAUGCCUUGGUCAUCCAUGGGUACCUACGCCUGGGGGCCCCCACCAACAUGUGGCAAAGAUACAGGUUCUUCAACUAUGUGAGCUACCUGAUUGGAGGAGAAGUGUUUACAUUACAGGACAUUGAGAAUGGUGUUCUGAGAGGGAACAGAAAAGGUGUCGCACAGCUUCUAAGGCCCUUCUCCAAAACAGACCCACGACUACAAGUGGCCCUUCCGGAUGCUGAGCCUCUCAUUCACUUUGCCUUGAACUGUGGCGCAAAGGGCUGCCCACCAAUUAAAACAUACACUCCACAGGACAUUGACAGCCAGCUCCGCACAGCAGCUGAGGCCUUCCUGGAGAAUGACGACGCCUGUAUGGUGGAUUCUGGGAAAAGAGAAGUGCGACUCAGUCAGAUAUUCAAGUGGUACAAAGCUGACUUCGGAGGAACUGAUGAAAAGCUGCUGAAGUGGGUGGUGGAGCACAUGGGGGACUCUCCGAAGAAGACCAGCCUGCAGGGUGUCCUUUCUGCUGGGAAGACCAAAGUCAGCUUCCUCCCUUAUGACUGGAGCACCAAUAGCACCCACUGAGCACGCCCGCACCAACACAUUCACGUCCAGCUAUAUGCUACGUCUCUUUGCAUUUGUCCCCUUUCUACCAAGCUGCAUCUACUUAAAAACCAGUAGGUUGGUGAUGACGUGCUUGCCAAAUGCAAUCCACUAGUCCUCAACCAUGCAAAUGUUUAUUUUUUAUUUUUUUUUAUUUUAAAUGCGAAAACAAACUGUAAAUCCAAGAGGUGAUAAGUGGGGCAUUUGCACUGUACCAUCAAGUCCUACUUCUCUUGUAGGCUUAUCCUAGCUUUAAGUUCUUACUGUAAGCUCAGAUAACUUCUGUUUGGAAGUCUUAACUGUAUAUGAGUUGUACACUCAAAUUGUAUUGGUUUGAAGUAACAGCAGAGAGCCUAUUAUAAAAAUCAAGCUGCACACAGAAACUUUGUACUGCAGCAGCAUAAAUUAAUAGGAUGAGCUGCACAUUAAGCGUGUUAUUGACUUCUGUUAUUACUGUCCUUUUGUAAAAUGUCAAAGCCCGAAAAUUGACAGACAUUCCCCAAAUUAUCUUAGAGUAAAUGAACGCGGAGAAAGCUAACCAAAAGCAUACUUAAUAAUGAUAAUAAUAAUAAUAACAUUUAUCAAUAUGGCUUCCAUGCUCUCCAGUCCUUGUAUUUACACUUGUCAGCAACUCAGGAGUCCUAGAUUAUCACAAUCUUCUCGGUUCAGUACAACGCUCGUCGGGCUAUUUACGUGGAGCAUUUACUCCGAGCAGAUGGAGAUGAUACAAACACACUGCCUUGACAAGCCAUAUCAGAACCCUUUGAACUUACCAAACCCACUCAUUCAUGUUAAGCAGGCUGCAGAUUCUCCACCAGGCUGGUCCAUCAUUUAACCUGCAGAUGUAGACAAGCGGACCUGGUUUUCUACAGGGAGAACGAGAGUAACAGCUGUUGCACUUUGCAACACUAAAUGCUAAUUGAACAUUAGUAUAUCAUCCCAUGCCGUGGUCAUUAAAUACUAAAAUAUAAACACUACUUUGCUCGUGGCUGUAAAACACGAGAUGUUAGCCUUUAGAAAUGUGUAAUUUAUUUCCUUUCCUAAACAUCUAUGACCCAGGUGUUAAGCCCUUUUUUCAUUGGACAAACAAAAUCUGGCUAGGUGCUGCUAUGGUCACGUGUCUUGCCAAUCGAUUGGCGCAGGUCGGACUGGAACUGUAGCGCGGUGCGGUGGCUCUGAGGGGGCUGUAUCCUCUGAAGCCCCCCCGUAUUUGUAGGAUCCGGUCCCUGAAUAAGAAAAGAAAGUGUUACUCGUUUAGAGCGCACAGACGGAUGCAGCGCUCCGACUUUUGCAUGUCUUGAUCAGGUUUCAUUUCUAACCCCUCCCCCCCUAGUGGCGUUUUGUUUCUCCCUUCCUUCACGUGAAGCUACAUGGUUGUCCACCCAUCUUUACGAUCCAGGUCUUCCAUUUUAAAUCGGAGAAGUGCUACUGCUGUAUUUUUGGCACAGUUAUUUGGUAAAAGAUAGAGUUAAUAUUUUGAAUUAUAGAAAUAUGUAUCAAAACGUCACCCCUUUGGGAUGCACUCUGACACUUUGCAUGUUUAUCACUAACUUUGAAUGCUGUUGAGACAUAUUUAUACUUUUUUCACAAAGAAAAUGUUCCCUGUUGGUCAGUAGGAGAGUACUGGGCUGUGUUUAUUUAUCCAGCUAUUUCCAGGGAGUCUGCAGAAACUUCAUUACCCAAAUCAGUAGUCAUGGAAACAACUAAAUGUAGCAGUUUUAAGUCUUGAUUAGAGUUUGCAGGUUUUUGGUGUGUUGAGUUUCUGCCUACAAAACUGUGCAGGAUGCUUUUCAUUUAUUUUUCCCGACAUUUUAUUAGUUUCCAUUUUACCUGGCCUUAAACGUUUGUAAGACUUCAUUUAAAAAUAAAUCUUCCAGUGUGAUGGACACACAUUAAGUGCAUAUAAUUACUCUAUAUGAUUAUAAGGAUUGUGUGUGGCUUAGAAGAACUAUUUAAGGGCCUUUCUCUGUUUCCAUAAUUCAAGGAUUUUCUUAUCUCAGGUCAAAGGAAAAUGUAUGUGAGUGAAAACGAUAUUAAGUUGUUUGAUGUCAUCGAUGCACUCUAUGCUGCAUGUUGUGUUUUUAACAAUUUCAACUCUGUCUGCACAGUCCAUAUUCCUUUGCCCAGACAUUGUGUCAUGCACAUUACUAUAACUGUCAGGAUUCUUUGUCCUUAAGCGAUAAGCAGCACCAAAGCAUAUGGUUAAAUUAGCAUGUGUUAAAACUGGAAUGCAUUUUGCUGCAUGAGAUACCGGAAAACUUCCCAAUCUUGAAUGCUGGCCUUUAGCAGGACUGCCUCUCUUACUGCUUCGUAUCAAGCCUGUAAACUCAGCCAUAAGAAAUAUUAACACGUAGCCCCCAAUUAGACAAAUAAAGUGUCAGUUAUACCCUAAUAUUGGAAUACAAUAUGUGCAAUAGACUUAAAACAUCUGACUGUAUUUCAUCUGUCAAUACAUUUAUUCAGUGACAAGUGCACCCUUGGCUUCGCUACACUCAAUUCCAUUAUUGAGUGACUGAGAAAGAAAAGGGGAAGACAUUUUGUGGGCUAAAAUGGACAGAAAAAAAAGGUUUUAUUUACAUAUACUAUUGAUCCCUGUACUUUUUCAAAAUGACCUCAUGUAUCAGGAAAAAGUGAUGCAAAAAGUUUUUUAAACAAGCAGUUCUAUUUAUUUCCCUCUUUCCUGGGGUUAACAAUAAAGCAAUAUGUUUAUGAAUAGUAAAUAUGCAAUGUUGAACUAAAAAAUAAAAUGUAUGAGUUUGUC